AUGUCAUGUGCAGGAAAGACACUCAUUGGAGCCCCGGAUGCCGGGACAGUUCAGGAAACCAUCGAUGAAGUUGACUUCUUCCUCAAGCUUGACCAUCCAAAUUGUCACUAUCUGCUGGGCGCGAAGACAACACUCGAAGAUGGCGGGAUCUUGAUUUUGACAGAGCUUUGCGAUCUCGGAUCUAUCUAUGACUUCUACAGCAAGGGAAGGAAGAAGUUCGACACUGCCACCUCGCUCAGACUCGCGGAAGAGUGUGCUACAGGGUUCGAGGUGAUCCAUUCGCUGGGGUACAUGCAUCGCGACAUCAAGUCCCUGAACGUUUUCCUUUCCAAGGAUCUCGUUGCUAAGGUUGCUGACUUUGGGAUGUGUACUCCAGCGCCUCUGGCAACAGAUGCCUGUGGCACUCCUCAGUGGAUGGCACCUGAGGUCAUUUCAAACCUCCUGGGCAUGCCCAAGGAGUACGACAGGACAGUCGACGUUUUCAGUUACGCCAUCUUGCUCUGGGAGCUCUUCCAUUGCUCCACUCCCUACAUGGAGACAAGACUCGAUCAGAUGGGUAUCUGCAAGAACGUCUUCCAUCGCCAUAUCCGCCCGCCCAUCUCGCCUUCCUGUCCCCCGGGGAUCUCGGCCCUCAUUCAACGCUGCUGGGACAACAACCCUUCGGCAAGGCCGACCUUCAGUCAGGUAUGCUAUCAUCGCCAGUGUGAUGGUGAAGCGACACUGACAGCUGUUUUCCUACAGGUGCGUGAAGCAGUGGCAAAGAUCAGGGGGACAGCGUAA